GGCGCAGGCGGGCAGGCCCUGGGCUAGGAACACAGGGGCUGGGCUAGUGGGGAAGCCCCGGGCUGCACCAGAGAACCAGAGAGGCACUCAGGCGGUGCAGACUGCCAUGGAGCCUCUGCCAGGGGGCUGCACGAAGGAGGUGAGUGGAGUUGAGGGAGCCCAGGAAACAGCCUGGAAACUUAGCCCAGAGCUAACUAAGCGUCUCAUGGGGGUAUGGGGGGGGGGAUGCUCUCAAUUCCCACCUCUCUGAGGGCUGGGUUGCCUCCACCCGCUGACCUAGUUAGAGGUUCGGGCGUGCCCUUCCGUUAAGAGGAAGCGUGCUCUCCCGCGCUGGGGAAAGAGGGGUCUGGGGGCCUCCGCGUCACAGAAGAUGUGAAUGGGGCCCAUAGUGGCCCAGUCUCGAUGACUGUAGGGGAAAUGGGCAGAGGACUGGCAGGGGGGAGGGGGUAUCUGCAGUUCGUAAGCUGAGUCUGUAGGAGAGAGAGAAGGAAGCUGCUCCCCCGCCCCUCCCCUCGGGCGCCCCAUUAUGCCCAGAAGUGAGUUGCUCAGAAGGCAAAUGUUGGGGCUCUGGAAUGGCGGAGGAGCCUGGGAGGGAGAGGUGGCCUCCUGGGGCAGCCACACAGGGGUCAACAGUACGUGUCCCCCAGGCUCUCUUGCCCCUCCUGCUGCUGCUGCUGCUGCCCCCCGGGGGCCAGGGCCAGGGUAGCAGCACUCCUGGCCGGUGCGACUGUGCCGGGGACUCGCAGAAGAGGUAUGGCCCGUUUUGUUGCAAGGGCUGCCCAAAAGGACACUACGUGAAGACCCCCUGUGCAGAGCCCUGUGGCAACUCCACCUGCCUCCCCUGCCCUCGGGGCACCUUCCUAACCUGGGGAGACCACUUUAUGUCUGGCUGCACCCGCUGCCAAGCCUGUGAUGAGAUGGCCUUUCAGGUGACCCUGGAGAACUGUUCAGCGGUGUCCGACACCCGCUGUGGCUGCCAGCCGGGGCUUGUCUGCUCCACCGACCCCUGUAGGGAAAGCUCGCCCUUGGCUUGCCUGUCAUGUUCGGGUUGUGCGGCUCCACCGACCCCUGGGGUUUCAACGGAGUCUGCCCUGGAACCACAGACACAGCCAGCGGUGCCUGAGGCUGGGGGUGGAGUAGGUGGUAAUGCGGGGAUUCGAGUGGGAAGAGUGGAGUGGGCCGGUGUGAGGCAGGGGGUGGCUGCUAGCUGGCGCUCACCAGCCGCUGUUCUUGUAGUAUUUUGGGCCCAGCUGCUAUUGGGGGCCUCAUUCCUGCUUGGGGCCACCCUGAUCUGCACGUACUUCCGAUGCCAGCCUUGCAAGCCUGUGGUGCCUGCAGACACAGCUGGGAUGGAGACCCUCACCUCACCGCAGACUACCCAUAUCUCCGCCUCAGACAGCGCCCACACCCUCCUGGCACCCCAAGACAGUUCUGGGAAAGUCUGCACCACUGUCCAGUUGGUAGGCAACCACUGGGCCCCUGGUUUAUCCCACACUCAGGAGAUGGCCGGCAGCCAGGCUCCACAGCCCUGGAAUCAGCCACCAAACAGAACUCUUAGCCUUCCUCUGGCACCUCCGCUCUCGCCAGCGCCUCCUGCAGGCUCGCCUGCUGCUAUGCUCCAGCCUGGCCCGCAGCUCUAUGAUGUGAUGGAUGCAGUUCCCGCACGACGAUGGAAGGAGUUCGUGCGUACGCUGGGGCUGCGGGAGGCAGACAUUGAGGCUGUGGAGGUGGAGAUCUGCCGCUUCCGGGACCAGCAGUAUGAGAUGCUCAAGCGCUGGCGGCAGCAGCAGCCUGCGGGCCUGGAUGCCGUCUACGCGGCCCUGGAGCGCAUGGGGUUGGAAGGCUGUGCCGAGGACCUGCGCAGCCGCCUGCAGCACGGCCCGUGAUGUGUGGCCCACCAGCCACUUUGACAUUCUAGUGAGCCUAGCAGGAACCUUAAGUAUUGUUACUUAUGGGUGUAGACAUUUUAUGUCACUUACUAACCCCCUAGCACGGUCCUGCGUAGCAGCGCCGGCUGGCCUCUUCCCUGCCUACCUGCUCCAUGCAGCUCCGGCUAAGGGAAGCGUCAUGGAGAAAAACCAGGAUGGGCCAAGUGAUUGGUUGUACAGCUGUUUAUCAGCCUGAGUUUGGACUUGGUAUUAAAUAUCUUAAGUAGC